AUGACGGAAGUGGAUUUGACUGAAAAUCAAAUCAAUGAAUUGUUAGGUGAUGGUAGUGCUGGAGUUAGCGAUGAAUUGAUUGAUGAAGAUAUUUUGAAUGAGGAACCUAAAGGAGAAGAAGUUCUGAUUCCACAAGAAGAAGUUCUGAAGGAAGAAACAACUCAGGAAGUUGUGGAAGUUUUAACAUUGGAUGAUGAUGAUUGUCAAAUCGAAGCUGCUCAACCAUCAGCCUCAAUUUCUCCACCAAAACGUCGAAAAAGAGAGGCAACAUAUAUGAAAACAAGAAAUAUGGCAAGACAAGUUGUUAGUCAAUCGAUAGCCUCAUUUGACGGGAAACCGAAUGAAGUUAUAUUGCGAAGUAUUUGUAAAUAUGCGCAAAAAAUAUUGAUUGAUCAUCAAGAAGUGUUUGAUAGUUUCAAAAAAGAGAUUGUUGAUUUGAAACAGGAGAAAGAAGUUAUGAUGAGAGAGUUGAGGAAUGAGAAAAUGGCGAGAUUGGCGAUGAUGAAGAAGUUGGAGGAGGCGAAAGAGGAGAUGGAGCGAUUGAAGACUAUGUGUGGAUUUUUGGAGAAGGUUGAGAAGCCGAUGAUUCAGCCGACGAAUGUGCAGAGGAUGCAACAUGUUAAUAAUCUUCAUUAUAAUUCGCAUCGACCGGUGAGUUUUGGAGAAAAGGGAAAUCUUGAAACAGAUCUCUUCUAAGAAACAUUUCUAGUCUUCCUAAUUUUGCUUCAAAAAAAAAUCACAUUUUCAGAUGAAUUAUCCACUGGUCAACACAGUUUAUGCAAAAGUCGCAUCCAACUACAAUAAUCAUCUGAAUCAGAAUAUGAGAAAACGGCCGUGUGAAACCUAUCCGGAGCCAAGAAAAAAGUUGGUUUCCCUCUCCUAAAUUUUCCCUCACGUCAUGAAGUAUUUUUCAGCAUGCGAAUCGAGCCCGAAAUCCUAAUGGCGCCUCCUCCGCGCUCCCAUCAAAUGUCAUAUGUUCAACCACAAAAUGAGAAUGAAAAUGGGCAGCAAAUGACGCAAGUUGGAAGAGUGUUUGGACAUGAUUUGAAGAUUGCUAGAGAACAUCCGCAUGAACCGUUUUUGGUUAGUUUUUGUUGGAAUUGCAGCGGAGGAAAAAUUAGGGACCAUUUUUUACCAUUUCAAAAAUCAUUGAGAAUUUAGCACAACUCGAAAAAUUGAGAAUAAAAUUGGGUUUUCAGAGAAAUUUUAAAAUUGAAAAACAAGGUCACGUUCACGUAUUUUUUAGAUUCAUAAAUUUUUUGCAGAGUGAUUUCGAAAAAAAUCUGAAAAUGUAGAACGUGGCUUACAAUUAGUUCUGAGCAAAAAAUAUUGAAAAAUUCGGGUUUUCUAGAAAAAUCUGAAGAUCUUAACUUACUCAAGGAAUAUUUUUUACCAUUUCAAAAAUCAUUGGGAAGUUAGCACAACUCGAAAAAUCUCGGAAUGAAGUUGGGUUUUCAGAGAAAUUUUAAAAUCGAAAAAUCGCAAAGGUCACGUUCACGUAUCCAGGUUUAUUAAAAAAAUGUUUUUCUGGGCCAAAAAUCUUGAGAAAAAUCGAGUUUUCUGGAUAAAAUCAGAUCUCUAUUUCAGAUUUUCGAGCAAGAUUCGGAAAAAUCGAAAGAUGUCUGCCUAUUCAUCCCGCAUGUCCCCCUCGAAUGUCUAACUCGCACUGCUGAAAAAUCACCUCCACAAUAUCCAACAUUUUUCAAAAAUUAUGCAUCGUCUGAAAUUGCUGUAACUAUUCGGUCAUCGAAAAAAGGUAUCACACUCAUUUUCUACCGAAAUUCCUUUUUUUUCUUCCAGAUUUCUAUGAUACUUGGCAAUUGGGCGGUUUUGUCGAUUAUUCGAAGCUGACCGAUUAUUUCGAUAGAAAUGUUCAAUUCUAUAUUCAAAUACAUUCGAUGAGACCGAAUGGAUUGAGUGGUGUGAUUCCGCAGAUUGUUCAGACGAUUGAUUGGGGAACAUCGAAGGCGGUGAAAUGUGGAGCGAAUGGAAAGACAAAGUUUAGAAUCAAGUUUCAUAAAAGUGCGUUUUUUCUUUGCAACGAUACUACGGGAUUACGCUUCAAGUUAUAGCCUUUUCGCGCCCCCGUAAAAUCGAAGCAUCGUUGGGAUUUUCUCUUUUUUUGCAGACCAAGAUUUGCCACAUGGCGAUCGCCUUUCAAUAUUUGCUGUAACUCACAAAACCGACAAUUCUCGAAUCGAUGUUUCGCCGAUUGCUUCACUCACUUUUACCUGA